GAAUUAUUGUUUUAAGAUGGGAAGCAAAUGUUGCAGAGACGAUUCUAUACAAAUAAAAGGUUUAAGUAAAGAAAUUUCAUGUAGAUGAAAUAUUAACGGCUCAGAAUCCAGAUGUUACUGCACCACCAAUUACAGAAAACAAAAAAUCACUUUCCUAAUAGGGAAGCAAGUAAUCUCAAGUUGAAGACUUGCAGGCUCAACCAGAGCAUAAGUAGAAAGAAUAUGAUAUGGCGAUUGAUGAAUAAGAACUAAAAUAACAAAAGGCUGCUGACUCAGUAAUUUAAGAACAAACUUCAAAGGUUCCAGAGAUAGUUUAAACUCAAAAUAUGACGAUUGAAUAGAGUAAUCAAUGCUUUGUAGAUAUAGUUAAAAAUGAAGUAUAGAGUUAAAAUUAAACCGAUAAUUGUGCCAAAUCAUAAGGAAGAGUAUUCAAAUUUGGCGUCGAGACUUUUUUUAAGGAAAAGGAAGGAUUAAUUGGCACUCACUACAAUUUUGGAAAGGUCUUAGGACAGGGUGCCUUUGGUAAAGUUUGGAAGGCAACAAAUAAAACAACUGGUCUUGUCAGAGCCAUAAAAUAAAUCAAGAAGAACUCCAUAAUCAAAGAAGAAGAAUCAAGAUUGUUUUCUGAGAUGAAUAUCUUGAAAAACUUGGAUCAUCCUCAUAUAGUCAAAUUAUUUGAAUUAUUUCAAGAUGAAAAUAACUAUUAUUUGGUGACUGAGUAAUUUAUCGAAUUAAAUAGAUAUUUAUCAGGAGGAGAAUUAUUUGAUAGGAUUAAAAAGAUGUCGUCAUUCAGCGAGAGUAUUGCUGCAGAUUACAUUAGGUAAAUUCUACUAGCAACAGCUCAUUGCCAUGAGUAACAAAUUGUGCAUAGAGAUUUAAAACCAGAAAACAUUAUAUUUAUAAGUGAAGAUCCCAAAUCUUAACUCAAAGUCAUUGAUUUUGGAACAUCCCGAAAGUUUGACAAUUAAAAAGUGAUGAGUAAAAGAUUAGGAACAGUAUUUUAUACUACUUAAAUCAGCCUUAUUAUAUUGCACCUGAGGUUUUGGGUCAUUCCUAUACAGAAAAAUGUGACAUCUGGUCUUGCGGUGUCAUUUUGUACAUUCUAUUAUGUGGUUAUCCGCUGUUUGUAGGAAAAACAGAAAACCAAAUUUUAGAAAAAGUUAAAACUGGAAAGUUUACAUUUGAUCGUAAAUUCAAUAUGCUAGCUUUUAGCCGAGGAUUGGGAUCCAAUUUCAAAGGAAGCUAAGGCAUUCAUCACCAAAUUAUUGAGAGUGGAUGCUAGUAAAAGAUUGUCUGCAAAAUAGGCUUUAGAAGAUCCUUGGCUCGUCAAAUAUGCUCCCUCAACUUAAGUAAAUAGAAAAGUUUUAGACAAUAUUCGUUAAUUCUAAGUAAUUCUUUAUAAUCUAUAAUCAAUAAAGGCAUAAACUGUAUUAAAAUAAGCUUUGAUGUCUUAUAUGAUAACAUAGAUGUCAACUUAAAAAGAAAUUUAAGAGUUGCAAAAAGAAUUUCAAAGAUUAGAUAUAAAUAAUGAUGGAUUCUUGUCUAAGGAAGAGUUUCUCAAAGGCUAUCUUUAGAUAUAAAAUGACCUUAAAUUAGCUUAAGAAGAAGUAGAAAAGAUCUUAGAAAUGAUUGAUAUAAAUCGAUCAGGUUUGAUUGAUUUUUCGGAGUUUUGUAUGGCAGCUAUGAAUUAGGAGAAACUACUUUCAGUAUAGAGAGUUGAAUAGGCUUUCAAAAUAUUUGACUAAGUAUUUCAAAUUCCUAUGAAAAUUAGAAUGGAGAUGGAUUUAUUUCAAAAAAAGAACUAGAAGCUGUUAUGGGAGAUUUAGGUGAUGAUAUAUGGAAUUAAAUACUAACUGAUUGUGAUAAUAAUGGUGAUGGAUAGAUAUCUUAUGAAGAAUUUGUAAAAAUGCUAAAAAAUAAAAAACUUUGA